GAUUAACUGAGAGCAUCACACACACACGACCAAUCGAACUGUGUAUAGCUUGUAGGAGAAAUCUCACAGCAUGAGCUGCAGAAGAACCAGUGCAAUGAGUCUUCUUGUAGCUGUCCUACUCGUUGUCUCCUUGCUCACUCUGCACGCCCCUGACGCCAGUGCUCGCUACGUUGUCGUGCUGAACCCAAACAAUGGACUGAACAGCGAAGGAGAUAGUAAGAACCUCGCGAAGGUGCUGGCCUCGGCGUCGACCGAUGAUUCAGCUGCCAGCAAGGGAUUCUCAGGGCGGAAGCUAGGUGCGCCGAACAAAGAAGAAACCAAAGCCACCAUGGGAGCGACGGCGACUUCGGCAGCAGGCUGGCGGCCGCGGACGGUGGAGAUGCGCGCGGCGAGGAGGCACGGCGACGCGGCCGCCGAGUUGUACAACAUGCUCCGGAGGGACUACGCGUGGAAGGCGAGCCGCCGGCGGCCGAUCAACAACGGCGUCAAGCCGUUUCAGGUGAAGAAGCCCUAGAUGUAGCUAGGCUUCCCGGGCAUGGUAGUUCGAUCGGUACAUAUAGUUAGAGCUAGCUUAGCAGCUCCUUCAGGGAUUUAGUUGCUAGUCCUAUAGGUGAUUAGGAGAGUCAGUACACUUAGUUGCCUAUACUGAAUAAUGCCAUCCGGCCAACCUUGAUCUAGCCUCCAAGCUGCAACAACCUGUUUAGCCCAGACUGAAAUAGCAUGAAUCAUAUUCAUGUGCAGAUGGGCAAUUUUGUCACCGGUGUUCAUGCUUGUUGAGGAUAGAUGCCAUUGCCAUGUAGUGUGUAUACAGCUGCACCAGUAUCAGCUUUGCAGGUGUGCUCAUAUGCUUGUAAGUUGUAACUGAUUCGGUGAUUUCCAUGCGUUUAUUUGCACC